AUGCACCUUGCUGCCAAUAAGCCGAUAUGGCGUCCAACAUGGAGAAAGCUGGAUAUCCCAGGCUUUUCAACGGUUACUUCCACCGUUGCCAGCGACCGGAAGUUUCAACUGUUUUCUCGCCUUCCGCUCGAGCUUCGACGGGACAUCUGGGACACGUUUCUUCAAGAGCACCGCAUUCUCCACAUCGGCGUUCGGUCCAGCGACAGGCCCGAUCCCGCCGGUUCCUACACCCAGAAGAACCACCUCGGCAAUAUCAGAAGCGGCAAGAAUUACUCCUUGUCAAUCGACAAAUACCACUCGGAUAGCCCCUUGCUCCGCGUCAGCUCCGAGGCUAGGGCAGCCGCCUUGGCAUUCUACCGCGUACAUCUCCCUUGCAGCCAGGGACUAGACGCUGUGACUAGUCGCAUCCUCUACUUCAACCCCGAUUUCGACUUUCUUCACGUCCAGAUCCUUGUCACCGGAGAACAUGAACAUACAGAAGUACCAUUGGCUCCGCCAGAUCUUUUGGCGGAUGUCUUCUACGACUGCAAAGCUUAUGACCCGAAGGGCCAUGGGAUCCGCAACUUGAUGGUUGGGCGACGGUCUUCCUUAUAG